AUGUUAUAAUAGCAAUUUCAAUAAUAAUUGGUGGGGUCUGGUCAUGGGAUAUGGAAAAGGGGAAUGGAUUUGCAAAGAUGUAUUGCGCCGAAUGCAAGAACAGCGCCGAUGGAGUCAAAGCGAUCGCAACAUUCAAGCAAUGCAUUAGUGCGUACCCUAUGGGACAGGCGGUCAAUAAGAAAGGGGAUGAGCUUAAGGCUAAAGGCACAGAGGCUUGUGUUACUGAAUUUAGUAAAUACCUUGAUACUAUUGAUAAGCAUGAUAAGGAACAAGCAAAACUCAAAGACUGUUCAGAUGCUUUGUUUAAGUCAAGUGCGGAUAUUAAAAAGUGUUAAGAAUAUUGUUAUUAAUUUUAAAAUUUGAUAUUAAAUAUUUUUAAAAAAUUAUAUUAUCAUAUUAUACGGUAAUAAAAUUAACAAAUAACAUGUCA